AUGGCUUUGCCUGCAGCUCAACCGGCAGAAAUUCUUCGAGCAUAUCAAAAAGAUGACAUGUAUGAGAAGCAGUUGGCAGAAUCGAUCGCGAAGAUUUUACCACCAAGACACGCUUCCAAAGCUGAACCCAUGUCAUCCGUGCUGUAUAAAACAUUUACAACUCUAAAGGAUCUACAGACACUAGGCGAGGAAUACUCUGGCAUUGUCCAAGUGGACGAUAGCUACCAUAAACUGCCUACAUUCUGUAGCCGAUUGUGUAGCAUGCUCCUAUCUACUUUUGGUGAAACUUUGACUUCUAGAAUUCUACGUCAGUGCGAAAAGAGCAUUGAAAGCAAUACAUAUCUAAAACCAAAAGCCCAAAAUGCAUUUAUAAUUGUACUUAGAGCUUUGAACUCUAUGAUACCUCAGAUUGAGAGUAUACACAGAGCUAUGAGCUACAUAAACGGUGGGCCUUUGCAAAUUGGUAAUACAGUGACAGGAAUAGAUUAUGUGCAUGUGAGACCUGCGGCUGCUGCGCACUAUGCUCAUUUAAGACUUUUGGGAAUAGUUACCUUACUUCAUGCUUUUGUAUCAUGCGGGCAAAGUUUAUAUCAGGCUAAGAAACACAUGGAACAAGUUAAUGAUAUGCCAAGUGAAGUGGACAGUAGUAAGUCAUGUGUGGCUUGUUUAGAAGAAAUGGUGCAACCGUGUGUGCUUCCAUGUGGCCAUAUAUUUUGUUUGCAAUGUAGCUAUGGAUCUUUAGAAACGUGUGCAUUAUGUAGAUCACCUUUUAUUAAAAAUACAGUAGUUCCAUUGAUGAAUUAUAAGCCUGGCAAUCUAUAG